UACUGUUCAAGGGGUGACAGCCGCAUUUGCUAGAGACAUCAUCAUUUCACCUUUCUCAGCCAGACUACUCGUGGUUAUGUCGUAAUUUCGGGCAAAACCUCUACCUCAACUGCAAUAUGGAUUUUAGCAAUGUAUCAAAAGAUGAGAUGUAUAAAUAUGCGAGAGAAUCUCUGAUUCUACUACUGGCUUUUUUCGCAGUGAUUCUUCUUAUUUUGCUUAUAGUCAAGCAGAUAUGUUGUAGAAAACCACAAAUUGUGGUGAUGCGUUUCGAACCCGCCAGAGAGAACGCAGACAACAUUCAAUCCAGAAUGUAGUUAUGUCUUUACCGUACAGGUUGCUACUUGUUUUUGUGU